AUUAUGAGCGAUGGUCUGAAUCGUCUGAAUCUCGUACACUGACGUUUCACCACGAUCCACCGAUUAAAAUCUGGAUUUCUGGAUAGUUGUACUUGUCAACGUAACGAACCAUUGUCGUAGCGUUAUUUUAUUAUGCCAAUGGUAUAGCGAUAACGUUCGACAACAUUCGAUAACGUUCGUAUAUGCAACAUGCCAGAUCCGGAAGGUCUUCAUUUACCCAUAGAUAUAAUUAUACAUAUACUAUCGUACCUAUCUACAUCCGAUCGAAUGUCCGCAAGACUAAUCAAUCAGACAUGGAGAGAGGCAUCGCUCGCUAUGAAAUUUGUAGAUCAAGAAGCAUUAGUUUUUGGUCGGUCGCGUGCAGAUAAUUUGAAUCAAAUAAUGGAUGUAUUACAGCAUUCUACACGGCCCUUCUAUCAUUUUAUUUUUAGAGAAGUGGAACUUAAAAGAAGUAUGCCAGUGUGGGAUCGUUACGGACUACAUAUGAAGAGUCUUGUACUGUUGUGUUGCGAUUUAAGCGAGAAGGCACUUGUAAACAUUCUAAAAUGCUGUCACUCUUUAAGAGUAUUACGUAUCGAUGGAUGCAGAGAAUGUUUAAUGUCUGGCAGACUUUUGGAAGACGAAAACGACAUAAAGGAGCUCUCUGAAACAUUUCAAAAUCUACGAGAACUUAGUCUUGGUUAUAAUCGAUAUUUGAGCGAUGCACUUUUCAACAGAUUAGUUGCUAUUUGCUCGAAUUUAGAAUCCUUAAGCCUUAUAGGCUGUCAAAUAUCUUUCCACAGUGGAUUAUACAAAAAAUUUUAUCCUCAAAACAGGAUAACGUUACCAGAUGCUUCAAAUUCGGUCUUAACUUUUCUGAACGCGUUGCAUUACCUCAAACAACAAGCAUACAAGUUGAAACACUUGAAUUUCGGCUAUACCUCGAUCGAUGGAACUACUUUGGCCACUUUGUCAGCUCUACAGAAUUUAAAACUCGAAUCUUUAAUACUACAAGGAUGUUAUCAGUUGACUAUCGAUGGAAUCAAAGGUCUUACACAAUAUCAAACUUGUUUAAAAGUCCUUGAUAUUAGUUUUUGCGUGCGUAUUACGGAUGCUAGUCUACUUCGUAUAUGUAAAAAUUUGACAAUGUUAGAAACACUCAAAAUAAAAAGGUGCCGUGCAGUUACCGAUAUAGGUGUACAAUAUAUUCGAUUACUCAGGAACUUGAGAGAACUUGACAUCUCGGAAGUUGAACAACUCACCAAAAAUUGUAUUACCCAUGGGCUUUGUUCGAGAUGUGAUACAGAUACCAGUAGUAAUACUACUACUCGUAAUGUAAAAGAAAAGAUCGAUUCGGAAAAUUUCAAUUUUAGAUGCCUUGAUGAUUACGAUAUGGAAAAUAUCAUACAAAAAAAGAACUUGCAAAUGUUCUCUGCAAAUGCAUUACAUCUUCAUGAAGAAUCAAUCGAACGCAUAUCCAGGUGUUUCCCUAAUUUAAAGUUGCUCGAACUUGGUUAUUGUUUUAAUGGCGUUACAGACAAAACAAUACAGAUGAUAUUCAAGGAGCUUGUACAUUUGCAAACACUAAAAAUAAACCAUUGCGAUAAGGUCAGCGAUGCUGGCUUAACGGGUAUGGGUGCUGGUAACCAUGAAACUGUCGAAAAUAUUGAGAUUGUACAUGAACCAGAAGUUACAGAAACUAAACUAAGAAUUAGUUUACGUUCGAGGGCAGAAGAAGAAAUAGUGCGCGAUGCUAAUCGAAAGUGGAAAGUCAUGAAACUCUGCGAAAACGUAUCUAGACCUUUGAACUUGAAAACAUUUUCUGGAUUUUCGUUGAUUAGACUUAAAUAUCUUCGCGAACUCGACCUCUCUGGUUGUAAUAAAAUCACCGAUGUUAGUUUAAAGCAUGCAUUUGCUUUUCCAGAAUUAAGAAUCUUAAAUUUAAGCCAAUGCCAACAGGUAACGCACAUAGGGCUGGAUUACUUAUCUAAGAACAAUCCAGCAAUCGAAGAUUUAAAUCUCAACCAGUGUCAUAAUGUAUCAGAUAUAGGAAUAUCUUAUCUGGCACAGAGACUGCACAGAUUAAAGCGGCUUCUUAUACAGGGGUGUUCGCAACUCACAGACCACACCCUUGACUCUAUCAGAUUGUAUUGCAAGAGUCUUCAUUAUCUCGAUACCCGUUACUGUCUAGGUAUGACAGUAGCUGGGGUCGAGAGUUUGACACAUCUAUACGUCGAUUGGAUCAAACAUAUAGAUGAUAUCGUCUCUCCAGAAAACGAAAUACCUCCUCCACCUGCUCCACCUUUACCGUCAUUACCUUCUUUACCAUAGAGACGACUUCAAUAUUUCCUUUCACAUUUUAAAGACAGGGUAAGAGAAAAUUAAACUAUUACUUAAUGACGACCAUAAAUAUCAUAUAUUUGUUAGAUUUUAUUCAACGAACAAAAUGGGAAACGUGAGAUUGCAAUUUACGAGUAUCUAUUUCCCCAGAAAAUUAUAUUAUCUUAAAUAUUCCUAUGUAAUUGAAUAAUAUUUGAUAUCCUUUAAAAUGAACUAAUAGUUUGGUUCAAUACUUUGUAAUCAUAUUUAAUUUAAAGACCACAAAGUAUUAGAAAAGACAUGAAGCAAACAUAGAUUUUUUUCACAAACUUUUUGCAUCAAAAAUAUCGAUAUUUGACAUUAUAUACAAGAAAAUUGUACAUAGAACUAUAUAAAUAACAAAACAGAUUGUGCUCUUAAAAAUAUUUAUGUAAAAAUAUUUAUAAUUAUUUAUAUAGAAAGAUCAGAGUUUAAAUGUGUAUUAUGACAAGUAUUUGGCAAUGAUAACAAUGCUUUGCUGAAGUUAUUUAUAAGAACAAAUUAAAAAAUCAAGCAAUUUAAUAAAAUAUUUAUUCAUUACUAUUUAAUACGUAAACUAAAAAAGUAAUUGAUUAAGUAUAUUUAUAAAACAUCGAGUGAUAAUGUGAGUUUGAUUACGUGCAAUAAAUUAGCCAAAAACAUUAUUCAAAUGAUAAAAUAUUCCUCACUUAUUUAAACAUAAGGAAGAAGUGACUGAUAAAAAUAUUACUUACAAGUUGUUUUACGAUUUUAGAGCUAGUUUUAUUGCGUCCAAUAUUUAAAAUUUAGUUAAAAUUUUAGUUAUCUGUUGGAGUUUAUCCUUUUGUACAAAAUUUUUAAUAUAUCACAAAAUCUGACACGUACAAAUAGCGUAGCAUCAACUACAUCUUUGUACAGGAUACAUAUUUUGAUUUUUGUUUUUAAUACAAUAUAUAGUUUGAUCCCCUAUGAAUAAAAAAUAACAUUACAUAGAUAUAAUAAAAAUUCGUUAAGACUAAGUUCCGUAAGAUUCUCCAGAAAUUAUGAAUUUGGAGCAAUUUAAAUAUUUGAAAAUUGAGUGGCUUUCAAUUUUCUGUAUUACACUUUUGCAAAUUGUAUUAUUCUUUUAUACCUAUUGGUAUAAGAAAUAGUUCAUAGAAGAUCAAUAACAAUUUUUUUAUAAUAUUCAGAAGAAAGAGGAUCUCUGAAAACUUCGUAUCGUGUAUGACACAUACAUAAAUAACCUAACUGUGGAUUCUAUCUACAAAACUGUAAAAUGUACUUGAAAUUAAUUUGAAAAUGGAAAAAAGUAAAAUACAUAAGAAAGAUAUGGUUAACACUUUACUGCAUAUGGAAUUACAUAAUAUAUGUUACGUUUUCCUAUGAAUUUUUAAUGUAGUAUAAACUUUCUCUUGACAAAUGAUUAUAAAAAAACUUACUUAUUACUAAAUUAAAAUAACAUAUUAAUGUAAUAAAGAUACGCUGUACCAUUCUGAUUACAUUAUCUACUGGUAAACACAAACUUAAAUUCUCAAUUUACUUGUUAGAGGUUCAAGACCAAGAUUUCAGUGUUUAACAGAACAGGAAGUGAACCAUUGUAAUUGUUAACUAUCCGAUGCUGAAAAAUAGUUUGUCAAAAGAAUACUGAAUUUGUAACUAAAACAAAAAUGAAAAAAAACGUUAAACUUUGUUUUUUGCUAAUUGAAUCUAUUUACAAAGUAAAUGUACAAUUAAAUAUUUUUAUAAUCUAAAUAGUCUAUUGAAUAUUUAGUUUUACUAGUAUUAAUCAAUUAAUAUUAACUCUCUAUAAUAGCCAUCAAAAACACGUAGAUUAAAUUUGUAUCAUCUUUCCAUUUCAAAUUAAUACACUUGAAUCUCUAUUUUACAUUACUAUAACGACUAUUUAAUAAUAACUGUCUGAUUCAUUUACAAAAUUCAUUAUAAGUAUCGACAAUACCUUAAUAACUUUACAUGGAGUCUUUAAUGUGUUAACAAUUUUACUAAAAGAAGCAAUCUUUAGAGGAUCAAAUACGAAAAAUUCACUUAUUGGAAGUAAUAGAAUCUUUCACAUAACACUAAAGUAGUGAUAGUGUUUGAACGAGAACACUGAAAUCUUAUCUUGUACUAUCACUUUUGCUUCAAUUAUCCUUAUACCACAGUGAAACAAUAGAUACGAAAAGUAUAAUGAUAUGUUAAACAAAUUUUGAUUUCCAACACAAUGUUCCAACUAUUGUAUGUAUAUACAUAUAUAUAUUCAUAUGCGCCGCAUCGUAUAAUAUUCACUUGUUAAUACUGUGCUCUACACACACUAUAUAAAAAAAUGUUACUGUUCUGUUGACGGACAUGUUUGCUAAAUAUCCUGACAGCAGAAUUCUUUAUCGGCGCGACAAUCUUCUGCAUAGCUUAUGUACAAAUCAAUGAAAACAGGAAUUAUUCCUUCAAUACGUUCUCAUUAGGCUAUUUUUGCAAGAGACAGAAAUACGUUUAACACGUAGUUUAAUCAUGUGAAAAAUUAAUAUCUCUUCCAAUCUAGAGUACACGUUUGGUACUUUUAUGUUGUACUUUCUCCUUCAAGGGAAUUUAAGUAAACCUCUGUGCGUAUUUCAAUUGUUACUUUUCUCUGCACGCUAUAUAUUUGUCACAGGGUUCGCUGCAUCAUACAGUUAAUUAUUAAAACGAAAGGUAUUACCAACGAGGUAAUUAAAAAUCCAGCAGUUUUUCUUCCAAAGCUAAAAUAAAAAAAUAAUUAUAUAUGUAUACAUAUAUGUGUGUGAAUCAUAAAGCACAAAUCUGAGAUAGCAUCAAUCGCUUAUCGUGAAAGAACUUCUUGCGAGUCUCCUUAGUCAAAGAUCUAUUUUCCUUAAAUUAAGAAAUCCUCUGCAUGCUCAGAAGAAUAUCAAAUAUAUUGCAAAAGGUGAAAUGAUAAAAAUUGUUCAUUUCUUUGUUUACAUGUAAAUAGUUACUGAAAUUAAAUACCUUAUUUACAUUCGA